CGGGAGUGUUCGGGCGACGCGCCCGCGCACGGCACCCUACUCCGCUUAUUUACGCCGCGACCAAUAACCGUCCGCGUCAGCGGUGAUAGCGCAAUAAUCUGAUCGUGCGCUCAUCUACCGACUCCUACUGUUAGGCACGACCUGCACCCCGGAAACUGCGACGCAUAAACCGGGCUCAGACAGUCGUCAUACCCUUUACCCUCGACUACCCGAGUGUCAGACGCGCGGUCGCGGCGACUUACUGCAGUGACCCCGUCGUUACUCGUCAGCGUUCGGUUUUGACGAAAUUCGCGGAGAAAACACCGCCGCUACACACCGUUAGUUAAUCCGUAAUCGCAUACCUACCUAGUUUGCGAUGACCGUUUUAACGUUACCGUCGGUCGGCGCCAAGCCGGACAAAGUGCCGUUGAUCGAUGAAGCCGAAGUCCUCGGCCAGGAUAACGCUCGGUCACCGCCGACGUUUCACCCAAAGUUCUUGGAGGCCGGCGGUGCUGGUGGUUUGCCGCACUCGAACGGCACGCCGUUCAUACCGUGCUACCAACGCCGUGCCGAGUACAAACGGAUGGCCCAAAAGAUGACCAGGAUCACUACGAUAGUGGUGGGCGUCAUGCUGAUCCUCUAUUUCACUAUCGAUAUCUUGUGCAAGUCUUACGUCCAGGAAAUACAACAGAAGCAACAGGCUAUCGAAGACCAGGCUGCCGCCGCCGCCGCCGCCGCCGCUGCCUCCGCCGCCGUGCCUUGCAAGUCUUACUCGUCGUAUGCAGCCGCCGAGAGCGAUAUGCUGACAAUGCCGUCGCCGUCGUCUCCGGAUCCGGACCCCCAAAUCAUUACUCUCUUCUCAAUGGUCAUAAAAGGGGAUGGAUCUGUGAAAACACUACCCAAGGCGCCACCGAUCACCGUCAACAAAUCGGCUCGUUUCGUGCACGAUUUCAGCAUCAAUAUUACCGGCAUCAUCGACGUUGAAAACCGACGUUGUUUUGUCAUGCCUCUGCUUCGCAAUUAUGUUCAUCCUCCCGAGGCUCUGUUUGAAUUGUUGUACAGAAUGUCAUCUGGAUACUAUUCUGUGGACAUUAACAAAAUCCUCAGUGAUUAUCGUAUGGUUCAACCGGCGAUCAGCGAUCUCUCUGACUACGGCUUGUACAUUUCUAAAGACUGUGCUGACUUAACCACUUUCAAACUGGAAAAGGAUGUUGUAACCGAAUCUCCAUAAGAUGUUUAUUAAUUUCCACAUUCAUCAAGGCACUUAAACAACCAAAUAUAACACCUCUUAUCAUAUAAUAUUUAUAAUACUUAAAUGCUCUUCUCUAAUAUUUAUAAAAAACAGUUGUGCGCAAUGAAUACUCAGCUGUGGACCAUUAAUUCUGUUACCAACUUUGACUAAGUUCCUUAGCUGUAUUGUUCCUAUUAUUUUGUUUUUUCAAUUUUCAGUUGUCAAAAGUGCACAACUUUAAAUGUAAUUAUUUUUGUAUACAAUCAUCCAUUCAACGAUAAAAUUAGUCAAAUACCUAUUAAACUUUAUUAUCCUGUUAAAAUAUCAACAUAUUAUAAUUUAUAGUAUUUAAUUAUGUUUUAACAUAAUAUUAUAGGUUUUUUUUUUUAGUUUUUAUUUGCAUGUUUAUAGACUGACUGUCAUUUUUUUGUAGAGUUAACGAAUGUUCCCUAAAUUACAAUUGUCAAUGGAGUAUAAAUAUAAUAUAAAAGAGAAAAUGAUUUUAUCUGUACUUACUGGUAUGUGAUAAAUCAUAGAUGUUUUUGGCCCUAUAUAGUAACUAUAAUGAUAGUAAUGUAUUAAAUGUUUAUCAUCAAUUUUCAUGAACCUAUCUUUGUUAAGUUUAGCACUUAAUAUUAUAUUAUUAAACUUUAGUAGUGGUAAUGAUUAUCUUUAAACCGAUAUUCCAUGACACUAAAAAAUAUGUAGUAUUUGAAUUCUUUAAUAUUAUAUAAAUAUAUAUUGGAUUUUUAACUAUUUAAUUAAUAAGUUUUCAAGAAUAAAAAUCGAAAAAAUUAAAAA